GUGUUGAAUGAUAUCUACUAUGAUUUAGUAGCUACAGGAUACUGUAGCCACUAAAUCAUAACUUAAAAUGGGAAAGAAGAGGUGGAAAACAAAAACACGCAGUAUCUAAAAUAUCAUUUAUGGCUUUCAGAGAUGGCAAAAUAUAUUGUUCUAGCUGAAUAAUCUUGCUAUUUUAUAUAUAUAUAUAUAUGGUUAUCUUUUCGGCACUACGAAAUCCAUCCGUCAUGAAAAAACAAUGUUAUGUUUCAGGAUCGAUGAUUCACGGCUCUAAAAAGCACAAUAAUCGAGGGAUUUAAAAAAUAGUAAUAAAAAAUUCCUCCAAAGCGACCGUUAAUUUUUGAAUUAUAAGUGCCCGCGCUUUUUUUGUGGGUAGGAGCGCGAUUUGAUUUUUAACCAUUUCCAUCUUGGAAUUAAAUUGUUCGCAUGCUAAACUAUUUUUUACUUUCGCAAAGCCAAAAUACGACGAUUAAAACAGUAAUGCUAAUAUAUCCAACGUGACUGCAAUACAUUUAAAAUGGUUCCUGUAAUUGAUUAAAUAUCAACGAAGCGGGCUGCCCUACAUAGGGUACUACAGCUAGGUAAACAUACAUGUAGAGCUUGCUUCUGAAUGAAGUAGGCUACUGCACUUUAAAAUCACUGAGGGCAAAAAAAAAUAAUACCGCGAACAAAACUACAACGUUUGUUCAGGACUCAUACUUGAAUCUCUUACCGGAAAACGAGUCACUGGUUGAGAAAGUUAUUUCCUAGUUCAGAAAUGCUGAGAAACGCACAUAAAACGAAGGAGGGAGAGAUAACAGAAGAAGAACUCCACAUUAUCGCUGCGUAGAAGUCUUGAAACUGGACAGUAAAAUAUCUCCAGCUGCUGUUAAACUCGGUAACAUUAUGGAAUAAUGACCGACAGUGCUCUCAGAAUGGCAACAAAACAAACACUAUCACUGGUCCUCCUUGGAUUAUACAUGAGCACUCAAAUUGUAAAAUGCACCUCGGUGUGUUCAAUCAAUGGCUCUGUCGUCCUCUGCACCAACAGAAGUCUUCAAGAGGUACCAGAACUGCCCGCGCAUGUAAACAAUGUGGAUCUGAGUAACAACAGCAUUGCUGAACUCCACGAAGCAUCAUUUACUCAUCUUGAAGGUCUACAAGUCAUCAUACUGAUGCGUCAAACACCAGGACUUGUGAUCAGAAACAACACAUUCAGGAGACUCUCUAAUUUAACAUCACUUAAACUGGACUACAACCACCUGCUGCAAAUAGAUUCAGGAGCGUUUAACGGAUUAUCCAACCUUAAAAAUCUCACUCUCACUCAGUGCAGUUUAGAUGGUUCUGUUUUAUCCAGCAAUGUCCUCGAACCUCUGGUGUCUCUAGAGAUGCUCGUUUUACGUGAAAACAAUAUUCAAAGAAUCCAACCAGCAUCGUUCUUUUCAAAUAUGAGGAGAUUCCACGUCCUGGAUCUCUCUCACAACAAAGUGAAGAGCAUCUGUGAAGAAGAACUUCUCAGCUUCCAGGGUAAACAUUUCACGCUCUUGAAACUGGCCUCUGUGACACUGCAAGACAUGAAUGAGUACUGGUUAGGAUGGGAUAAGUGCGGAAACCCGUUUAAGAACAUGUCCGUAACGGUAUUGGACUUAUCUGAAAAUAGCUUUAAUGUUAACAAUGCAAAGCUAUUUUUUAACGCAAUCACUGGUGCCAAAAUUCAAAGCGUAAUUUUCAGUAACAUUUGCAGCCUGGGCAAAUCGUCAGGUAAUAAUUCAAAAGAUCCAGACAAAUUCACAUUCAAGGGUCUUGAGGGGAGUGGCAUCAAAUCUUUAGAUCUGUCCAAAUCAAGUAUUUUUUCUCUGUCAUAUUCAGUGUUCUGUUAUUUGGGCGAUCUAGAACACAUUUCAUUAGCACAAAGUCAGAUCAACAAGAUUGAAAGCAGUGCAUUUUUGGGUAUGACAAAUUUACGGAAGCUUAACCUGUCUGUAAACUUUCUGGGUAAUAUUGAUUCAGAAACGUUUAAAAAUCUAGAGAAACUUGAGGUGCUUGAUUUGUCAUAUAAUCAUAUAUGGAUGUUUGGACUUCAGUCAUUUCAAGGACUUCCAAAUCUACUCAUCCUAAAUUUAACAGGAAAUUCUAUCCUUCAUGCUCAUAGAUUUGCAACCCUACCAAAACUGGAGCAGCUCUACUUGGGCGACAACAAAAUUGUGUAUGCGUCCAAUUUACUCAACAUCGCCACAAACCUCAAAACCCUUUACUUGGAGUUUAACAAAAUAAUAUCCAUGUCAGAGCUCUACACGAUACUAGAGACGUUUCCUCAAAUCGAGGAAAUCGUUUUUCGAGGUAACGAGCUUGUCUAUUGCCCUGACAACAAUUAUGAAGUCCUUUCUCAAAAAAUAAAAAUCCUUGAUCUCGCACUAGCAGGUUUGGAAAUUAUCUGGUCGGAAGGAAAAUGUUUAAAUGUGUUUAACAAUCUUCACCAGUUAGAAGUGCUUUAUCUGAGUUCCAACAGAUUGCAGUCGCUUCCCGAAGACGUUUUCAAAGACCUCACCUCUUUGGUCUUUUUGGAUUUGUCUUCCAAUUCUUUGAAGUACCUUCCUAAUGGUAUUUUCCCUAGAAGACUACAAUAUCUUAAUCUUGAAUAUAACUCAAUUUAUUCAGUGGAUCCCAACCUCUUUAGCACCCUCAGCUACCUCAGCCUGCUGGGCAAUGAUUUUCAAUGUGACUGCAAACUAAGGGAUUUCCAAACAUGGCUAAAUCAAACCAACAUAAUCCUUUCUCACCCUAUUGAGGAUAUGACGUGUGCCAGUCCUGAGGAUCAGUACAUGGUUCCAGUUGUGAGCUCCAGAAUACAAUGUGAAGAUGAAGAAGAUGAGAAAAGAGCUGAAACACUGAGGCUGGUGCUUUUCAUUUUCUGCUCUGCACUGAUCGCAUUAUUCACUACCAGCAUCGUCAUUUAUGUUCGUCGACGGGGCUACAUCUUCAAGCUUUACAAAAAACUUGUUGAUAAACUGGUGGAUGGUAAGCAACAGGAGCCCGAUCCUGAUCGAUUCUUGUACGACGUGUAUCUUUGUUUCAGUUCCAGUGAUAUUAAGUGGGUAGAAAGAGCGCUAUUGAAGAAGCUCGACUCUCAGUUCUCAGAGCAGAAUACUCUCCACUGCUGCUUUGAGGAGCGAGACUUCAUUCCCGGGGAGGACCAUCUCACCAACAUGCGAAAUGCUAUUCAGAACAGUCAGAAAACCCUGUGCGUGGUGUCUGAACGUUUCCUGAAGGAUGGCUGGUGCUUGGAAACCUUCACCUUGGCUCAGUGCAGGAUGCUCGUGGAACUUAAAGACAUUCUGUUGGUGCUGGUUGUAGGGAACAUACCGCAGUACAGGUUACUAAAAUAUGAACAACUGAGAUCUUACAUUGAGAACAGAAGGUACCUUCUGUGGCCCGAUGACAGCCAGGACUUGGAGUGGUUUUAUGACCAACUACUGCAUAACAUACGCAAAAACACCAAGGUUAAGGAAACAGCUGUUAAAGUAAAAGACAAGGAGGUUGAAAACAAUCCUGAAGCAGCACAUGUUCAUGUAGACACGGCAGUGUAAGCUCUUAGUGAGGUUCUCAUGUCUUUGACCUGCUGUUUUGGACAAUAAUGAAAUGUAUUAAACUUGACACCAUACUGAACUGUAUAGAUAUAAAAGUUUAUUUUGUAUCAUCCAAAAUGAGCAGUAGCAUGAAUUCUCUGUCAGUUGGUGUAAAAGACAAUGGAACUGUGACAUUACAGAGACAUCUUUAAUUAGACAAACAGAUACCUGCAUUAACACUGUAAUUGCUUUAAUGUUUAACAUAUGUAAAUAGUACACCCUUUUUAUUUUUAUUUUCAUACUGUUUCAGGAUUUGGCACAUUAAGUUAAAUAAAUCACACUGUGUUACAUUU